CCACUGGCCAACAGACCGCCAGCAGCACCACACAAGACCGUCGCCGUCGUCGUUCUGCUCUUGUCGCCUUCACCCGUGAAUAAACUGGCUCUGGCACACCUGUCGUUGUUGAACAUGCGUUGGGUUCCACUAAUACGGCAGUUCUUCGUACCGUCUAUAAGGACUUUCUGUACUAAUAACACUGGCGCCGGCAAUGCGUCGUUACGGCAGAUCUCUGACGAUGCCUUCUACGUUGUCAAUGAGGUUGUCAUGAAACGCCUGGGCCAUGUGCCGAUCCAUAAG